AUGCGCAAGGCCGAGCGAGCGAGAUAUAUUCUCAAUGCCGACGAGGGAACGUUCGAAUGCUUGCAAAGCAAAGGGAGCCGAGCUCUCGAAUCAUGCGGACCUUUGUCUCACACAAUGUGCAUUCAAGCCAAGGAAGAUGUUUACGAAGCCACGAGAAAUCGAAUGGCUGAAGUUGAAGAGCAGCAGAAGAAAAAUCGUACUCAAGUUAUAUCGAACGAAGCUGAAUUUCGGCGUAAAGUACCUGGAUCUUCAUCUCAUCCCAUUAGGUCUUAUCCCAACGUGACAGGUCCCUCAAAAAUAAAGCCAUUUCAUUCGAGAAUAGUAUCAAAUAAUCAUGCUCAAAAAUCAGGAAAUCCUGAAAUCAUGCGGAGGCCUUUAAGGGAAAGAGUGAUUCAUUUGUUGGCUCUCAGGCCGUACAAGAAGCCAGAGUUAUGCGAUAGAAUGAGUCGAGAUGGACUAAGUGAAAAAGAUAGGAAACUUUUGCCGCAAGUACUGUCUCAGGUGGCCAAAUUAGGAACGGAUAACGCUUUUCAUCCCAUUAGGGGAAUAUGGAAUGACGUUCAAGAGGACUGGCCGUUUUACACGGAUCAAGAUAGGCAAAUAUUAAGACGGCGUAAACCUCAGAAUUUAACUCCUCCGGGGAGUAGCGAUACUGGGAGUACGGGAAGUGGUCAAUCGCCAACCAGCACUCAUCCCGGAAGCCCUCCGUCAAUCAUUCAAGGGGCUCCCAAACGUCCGGGAUACCAUGAAGGAGCCGACGGAAUACAGUCCAAGAGACGUAGGAUUUCUCACUAUUUGAAAGAAACAAUGGGUAUGAAUAAUUAUUUAAAUGAUAAUACAAAAUUGAUGUACGACCGAAAGCUUGAGGAGAGUGUGAAACGUGCGGAUAGCCCCGCAACCGUGACAAGCUCUCAGCAACAAAUGGAAGCCAUGAGGUCGAAAUACGAUUAUUCCGAUACGAGAACUAAAUACCAGAAUUCGGAUACGAUUCAGGAGAACACCGUAAAAUACACGACAAUUACCAACGACGCACAGAGGCGUCAAUACAAGGAAGAAUUCAUAUCUUGCUAUCCGGAAUACAAGGCUUUGCACGCGAACAUGGAUAAAGUAACGCAGAAAUUUUCAAGACUAAAAGAUGAACUCUCUAAACACGAUAAAACAAGCAAAGAAUUCAGGGAUUUAAAUAAGCUCAUUAAAUCCGAGUAUAACGACAGACUGGCGGACAAAACUUAUCAGGAAGAGAAAAAGAGGUUCUACUACCUACACGGAAAAUUGAGUAGGAUAAAAAAAUUGGUGUCGGAAUACGACGAAACGGCUUAUUAUUAA